AUGCCGGACGCGGGGGUGCUUAACCUGGACUUCGUGUUCAAGGCUUACGACUCCUUCGGUGAUCGUCUUCGGGACUUCCGAGGACUGUUCCAGUUCUCCAAGGCGGCCGUGACUAACACGACCGAGACGCCGUAUAUAACGCGCUACGCUGGUCGGCCCGGCAGUGAGCUUACGGUAAGUCAAUCACAUUCCUUCCUUGCGUCCAUGUUCUUCAUGAGAAAUUUCUGGCUAACACGCAAUUACAGCGCAAGAACUGGAACAAGGACGGCAGCGAACGAAAGACUAUCCUUGGUCAAAUUGCAGCAGGGACCGCUGUCCAAAGGAGCGGCAUUGUUGUUCCUGGACUGGUGGGAGUUGCUGCCCACGGGCAGGCUGUCGCCAUACAUGCUAAUGUUGCACACAUGUAAGCCACCGAUGCAGAGAUAUCCAAGACAUUCCAGAGAAUUGUAG